CCCUCGCCGCCCGCCGCCGCCUUUUCCCGGCGCUGCUCCCCCGCCCCGCUCCGGCAGCGCCGCUCGGGGCCGCGGCUCCGCGCCGCCGGCCAUGGCCGUGCCCGCCGCGCUGCUCAGCCCGCACCACCUCCUGUCCUUUUGCUUCCCCGCCGGCGCCAUCCUGGGCUAUGCAGACCUGGAGAAGGGCUACGAGGGCGGCGGGGCGGGGGGCGACGCCGCGGAUUUCAAAGAAGCCACCAGGGACCUGCUGAGCUUCAUCGACUCUGCCUCCAGCAACAUCAAGCUGGCGCUGGACAAGCCGGUGAAAUCCAAGCGGAAGGUGAACCAUAGGAAGUACCUGCAGAAGCAGAUCAAGCGCUGCACCGGCAUCAUCGCCCCCGCCCCGCCCGCUGCAUCCCCAUCCUCCUCCUCCUCCUCCUCGCCGCCCGCCAAGCCCCCGCCGCGCCGGGAGGCAUCGCAGGCGGCCAGCAGCCUGCAGAGCAAGAGCCUGGCCGCCCUGUUCGGCUCCCUGCAGCCGGGACGAGGGUCUGCGGGCGCCGGAGAAGCGGUGCCGGGCGGCGGGGCGGCGGGCUGCCCCAGGAAGGUGCCGCUGCGGGACCGCAACCUCCCUCCUUCCUUCUUUACGGAGCCGGCUCUGCCGCCGCCGGCCGCCAAGGAGCUGGAGAAGGGCGGCGGGGACCCGAGCGAGUUCUUCGAGCUGCUGAGCCCCGAGUACGGCGCUUUGCUGCCCGAGGCCGCCGCCCCGCACGACGCCUUCCCCGCCGCGCUGGGGCCGGAGCACGGGCUGUACGAGGUGCCGCUGCCCGCCGCCCAUCACCCGCUUCUGGGCGGGCUGCUCUACCCCGAGCCGCCCUGGAGCCCCGCCGGGACCUGCGGCCCCGCUAAGAAGGCGCCGCCCGAGCCGCUGCGCCCGCUCUACCCUGGCGGGGGCGACCCGGUCCCGGGGGGCGGCGGGGAGGAGCCCGGCGGGCACCUGGCGGCGGGGUUCGCCCCCUUCUUCCCCGAGUGCCCGCUGCCCCCGCCGCAGGGGCACUACGACUACGGCGGAGGCUUCCCCCGGGCUGCCUACCCCGGGCUGUAGGGCAGCGCCGGGAGGCUCCGACCCCCCGCCCGGGACGGUGGAAUAGGGGGGGAUGUGUGGGACCCGCGCCUGGGACGAUGGAAUGGACAGGGGAUGUGUGGGACCACCGUCUGGGAUGAUGGAAUGGACAGGGGAUGCGUGGGACCACCACCCGGAAUGAUGGAAUGGACAGGGGAUGUGUGGGACCACCACCUGGAAUGAUGGAAUGGACAGGGAAUGUGUGGGACCACCACCCAGGAUGAUGGAAUGGACAGGGGAUGUGUGAGACACCUGCCUGGGACAAUGGAAUAGGGGGCAAUAUGUGGGUCCCCCACCCGGGACAAUGGAAAAGGGAGGGAAAGCAUGGGACCCCCACCCGGGACAAUGGAACAGAGGGGGAAUGCGUGAGAUCCCUGCUUGCAGCAAUUGAAUGGGGGGGAGUGCGUGAGACCCCCACCCGGCACGAUGGAAUGGAGGGAGAAAGCAUGGGACCCUGCCCAGGAUGAUGGAAAGAGGGGGAAAGCAUGAGACCCCCACCUGGGACGAUGGAAUGGAAGAGGAAAGCGCGGGACCCCAACCUGGGAUGAUAGAAUGGCAGGGGGAAAGCGUGAGACCUGCCCAGAAUGAUGGAAUGCGGGGGAAAGCAUGAGACCCCUGCCCGGGAUGAUGGAAUUGGGGCAAAUGUGUGAGACCUCGGCCUGGGACGAUGGAUUGGGGUGGGGGGGUGAGCCCUGCCCAGGACGAUAGAACUGGGGGAGGGUUGAGUCCUGCUGCGGGAAUGCUUGGGGGAGAGUGAGGACUUGUGCAUGGGGCUGCAUGCUGCAGUGUGCCCCCCACCCAAAAGCACAGCCCCGCAGGGUUCACCCAUGUGCUCUGCGAGUCGCCUCUUCCUGCAUCGUGGGAGCCACUGCCAAUAAAAUGUGGAAUAGUGGGUCCGUCCAGGUGUCUUUGUGGUGGAUGGUGACUCUGUUCGCCUUCCUUAGGGACCAGGUUUUGUCCUGCGUGGCCUGGUGUACCUGUCUUGGGCAGCAUUGCAACGGGGCUGCUCUUCUCAAAGGUAGCCGUGACCACUUGUAAAUUAUUUUAUUCUAAAAGUAAAGCUCGGUCAACUCUUGUGGUUGUGUUUAACAUUUUUCCCAGGCCUGGUUUUGUCCUACGCAGCUUGGUGUAAACAUCUUGGAUGGUGUUGCAAUGGGGCUCCUCUCUCUUCUCUUCUUGAAGAUGGCUGUGACCACUGGUAAAUGAUUUUGGUCUAAAAGUAAAGCUCGGUCAACUCUUGCGGUUGCAUUUAACAAGUUUUCCCAGGCUCAUCUGCAUCACAAGUGCUGGUGGAUGUUCAGCUGAGGACACAAUGGCAAGGAAAAGGAAAACAUUUGAGUGAAGCAAAAUUGAAAAUGCUACUACCAAAACUUAGUGUCCUGAAAUUUAACAGUGUCUCGCAGGAUCUUGAAAACAGCGAUUUACAGCGAUACGUGAGUUAAUUGAUGGCAUAUGUUCGUGACAAACUUGUACUGUAGCCACUGUGGUGAUGUGAUUCCUACAGACCUUUGGAUUUCUUCCAGGAAUGUGUCAAAGCUCGGAAAGCAAAUGUGGCUCAGUCUCAUUGUGUACAGGAGAUUAUUUGAUAAUCAUUUAAGUUAUGUAAAAGAGUCUAUGAUAGGUCCUAUAAAAAUAAAGCUACACAAUAGA